AGGACAGUCAGUACUAUACAUUUCAUCAUUCCAACACAACAGCGCUGUUUAUCAACAAGUGUCUUAGCUUACAUGCUUAAUAUUCCUAAAUCGUAUAUGGUUUUAAAUAUAUAUUGAACCAUUAACACAUAUAGAAAAAAAAAAUACAAAUUACCUCUGCUGUUUGUGUAGCUGGUCGUGGUAAACCAAUCAAUUACAGGUCCCACCUCCAGGGUUGAAUGAUUAACUUUAGCUCCAAUAGUGGCAAGUCCCUGGUACCAGCUACCGCUCUGAGUCUUAUAUUCUAUUCAACAGGUCUAUGACGCUGCCCUGUUUUGUCUUACUAUUACAAUCACAUUACUUACUAUAGCAGAGUGCAUGGGAGAAAGUCACCUUGGAGAAUUCCAUUGUACAUUUCUUUAAAGUGCAACCCAUUGCCCAAUCAGAAGUCAGUACUGAAAAUACUGCAGUACAUGACUGGCCGGAAAAUAAUUUCUCAUCUGCUUUGUUUGAACUCCCAGUGGACAUAUGCUGUAGCCACUGCUUUAAAACAAUGCUACAGCCCUCUACAACAUUAAUUAUACAGGUUAUAACUCGGGAAGCUGCUCGUUGCCAGCCUCUGUUCACCGUGUUGUUCCCUCUGUUCUGGCCAAUGCUUUCUGCGCUACAGCAUGACAACAGCAGUGUCGGCUCAUCUCGUAAUUUUGGCAAAUGAAAAUGGAGGAGGUUUCAAUGUCCAGCAUGGACAACAGCAAGCUGGAGGGCCUAGCUCAGGACAUCCUGUCUGACCUGGUGGAGGAUGCAUGCCUAGGUCUUUGCUUUGAGGUCCACCGGGCAGUCAAGCAGGGCUAUUUUUUCCUGGAUGACACGGACCAAGAGAGCAUGAGGGACUUUGAAAUUGUGGACCAGCCUGGAUUGGACGUUUUCGGCCAAGUGUACAACCAGUGGAAAAACAAGGAAUGUGUGUGUCCUAAUUGCAACCGAAGCAUUGCGGCUUCACGCUUUGCACCACACUUAGAGAAAUGCCUAGGGAUGGGACGCAACAGCAGCCGCAUAGCCAAUCGCAGAAUAGUCACCGGUAACAAUGCCAACAACAAAUCAGAGAGUGACCAAGAAGAUAAUGACGACGUCAAUGAUAACGACUGGUCAUAUGGAGCAGAAAAGAAAGCAAAGAAAAGAAAAUCUGAUAAGAACCCCAACUCACCCAGAAGAUCCAAAUCAUUCAAGCAUAAGAACAGCAUGAUGGGGCCUAGACGUCGAAUGGAUAACCAGGAAAGUCCACGCAUGCUGAUGAAAGAUGAGGCGUUCCCGCAAUAAAACACUCGGCUACAAACACUCAAUUCAACAAACACUCAGUUCAACAACCAUCGUCUGUAUGUGUGGGUACACAGACACUCAUGCCUAAGCACAAGGAGACCAGAAACAACUUACAUGCUGUUCUUCGAAGAACUGGCACCAGUAGAUAUUGUUGUUGUUGUGGCUAAAAGAUAUACUGUAUAGUGUUUGCUGCUCUGCAGAAACAGUUCAGACCUCUCACUGUAUACUUGACAGUUUUUUGUUUUCUCUACAAAAAUCAUUAUACCAACCCCUUUCUCCACUGCAGCCCAGAAUAAUCAACAUCACCGUAUACGACGUGACCUCACAUACCUUAUAUUCUCGUGUCAUGAAUCUAGUGGCUGAGCUGAGGCAUUUGUGUGCACAUCUUGUUUCUUGAAAUACAAAAUUAUAGGUGUGUUUGUAUUUACCUCACUGGUUUAAAGUAAUCCUACUUUGAAAAUAAUGUAAAAGACAAUCUUCUUCAGUGGUUUGUCUUUUUUGUUUUUACAUUCAACAUGAUGCUAGUGAAUCUGCAGUUAAAUGACAUAUGUGUGCGUGACUUUAACUUGUGAAAAACCUGUUCAGAAAAUGUUCAGUCUAUAAAUUCCUAAUUGUCCAACCAGGUAUUUGCUGCAUGAAGCAGCUUUAAUUUUUUCUUUUUUUCUUUUUUUUUUCUAGCAAUCAAACAUGUCUUUUUAUCAUGUGUUUACAUUGUAAAGGGUGACAUACUGUAUAUCUUUUGUGUGAUGUGAUAGUGUAAAUAUUCCGAUAGUUGAAUUGCUGCUAUCAUGGCUCAGUCUGUUUCAUCUGUCUAGCAAAAUAAACGAUUUGUUACAUAUGACUUAUUGUUCUUUUUCGCCUUGAACCGGUUUAAACCUGAUGGUUUUUCAUCAUUUCCUUUAUCCAGUUGUACAUUAUGACGUGAAUUAAAACAACAUGGAUAUAGAUGAAAUUUGGAAAGUAGUGGUAAGAACUGAACAAGAUUUGUCUCUUUUUUUCUAGUGUUCUAAUUUUUCCUAAACAUGUAGCUGUAAGGUGCUGAAUGCAGUCUAGGUGCCCUAGUAUUACUUUAAGUACUACAAUACUAUAUUUAAUUCAUUCAAAUAGCCACAAUGUAAUAAAGCUUCAGUUUGAACUGCUGUGCGGACAUUCAGCUUUCCUUUAAGAUAAACUUCCCUUGAAAUUGGCUUCAGCCACUACAGUUUUAUUAAUGGUUCUUUACAGUAUAGUUACAACACUGCCACCUACUGGGUUUAUUUUCUACAGGUAAAAUUCACUGUACGCCAAGAGCGUGUCUAGUUUACGCCCAACUG